CAAGUCUCCCUCCUCCAAACUCUUCUCAAAGAACGCUACCCAGCCCUCGAAACCGGCUCCGUGGACGGUUUCCAGGGAAGAGAGAAGGAAGCAAUCAUUCUUUCGCUUGUACGGAGUAACGAGGAGCGCGACGUCGGGUUCCUGAAGGAUAAACGACGCUUGAACGUGGGUAUGACGAGGCCGAAGAGGCAGUUGUGUGUUGUGGGUGAUUCGGAGACGGUGGCGAGGGGAGGUGGGUUCCUUAAGGGAUGGAUGAAUUGGUUGGAGGAGAAUGCGGAGGUGAGGUAUCCGGACGUGGCAGAGUUG